AAAUUCGUAUGUGUUGUGAUCUUAUAGCUGGGGGCUCCUCUUAGGCACGUAAAGUCCAACCCAGCGGGGGUGUUGUGCAACAUGAAAGUAGUGGCUUUAAUCAGUGGUGGGAAAGACAGCUGUUACAAUAUGAUGCACUGUGUUGUUGCUGGGCAUCAGAUAGUUGCCUUAGCCAAUUUAAGACCUGCUGAAAACAAAGAGGGGAUCGAUGAGUUGGACAGUUACAUGUAUCAAACCGUGGGGCACCAUGCUAUAGAAUUAUACGCUGAAGCAAUGGGCUUGCCUCUUUAUCGUCACACUAUUAAGGGUACCAGUGUGGAGACUGGCAGAAUAUAUACUAGGUGUGAAGGUGAUGAGGUUGAAGACCUUUAUCAGCUUCUGAAACUUGUUAAGGAUAAAGAAAAUGUGGAAGCUGUUUCGGUAGGGGCCAUCCUUUCUGACUACCAACGAGUCCGUGUGGAAGAUGUGUGUAAGAGGCUUGCCCUGCAGCCCUUAGCUUACCUUUGGCGUCAGAACCAAGAGAUGUUGUUCAAAGAAAUGAUAUCCUCGAACAUUCAAGCAAUAAUAAUAAAAGUAGCAGCUUUUGGUUUAGAUCCAGACAAACAUCUAGGAAAAACAUUGUGCGAAAUGGAACCUUAUCUUUUGGAACUUUCUAAGAAGUAUGGAGUCCAUAUCUGUGGAGAGGGUGGAGAAUAUGAAACAUUCACAUUGGAUUGCCCUCUAUUUAAGAAGAAAAUAGUUGUGGAUUCAUCAGAAGUGGUGGUGCAUUCAGCAGAUGCAUUUGCACCUGUGUCUUAUCUUCGUCUUUUAAAAUUGCACCUAGAAGAUAAGGUGCAGAAUUUUGGCAAAAUCCUGGCUGGGAGCUGUACUUGUGAGGUAAAGUGGCUUGAAGAUAACAUCUCGCCUCCAUCAGAUGAACAAAAGGAAACCCCUUGCAUCACCUGGUUCACUUCUACGCCUACCUUCAUGAAAUCCAAGAAGACAUUUGAAUGCUCAGGGAAGUCUCUAAAAGGUUACCAGUGGAUAACAGGCAUCAGUGCUCACCUUCAGCCAUCCAAAGGAGGAAGUGUGCAGGAAUCGGCUAAAGAUGUAUUUUCGUCACUCCGAGCUCAUCUGAAUUCAAAAGGAUUGGAAUUGACAGAUAUUAUUUUGGUCCAUCUGUACAUGAAGAGCAUGAAGGAUUUUGCUGUGAUAAAUUCUGUCUAUAUGACAGCAUUUGAUUUGUGUCCCCCAGCCAGAGUCUGUGUAGAAGCCCCCUUGCCUGAAGGACUCUGGUUUCAGAUGGACUGCCUCACACAUAAGUAUGCUGGGAUGAUCAGUGAUGUGCCUUGUUAUCAGAAGCAGGUUAUGCAUGUACAGAGCAUUUCUCACUGGGCCCCUGCCAACAUAGGACCUUACAGUCAGUGCAUACAGGUUGGAGAUAUUCUCUACUGUGCUGGACAGAUUGCAUUAGUGCCCUGUACUAUGCAGCUUAUAAGUGCUGGCAUUGAAGUAGAGGCUUUGGUUUCCUUAGGCCAUGUUGAAAAAGUCCUGAAAGCCAUGCACACUGAACUCCAACAUGUGCUUAUGACAAACUGUUAUGUAACUGACAGCAAGUACAUUUCUGUCGCUCAAGCUGUAUGGAUGAAGAAAUUAAGAGGACUUAAAAAGGCAGAAGAUGAAGACCUGAAUACUGAUGUACCUGCAGCAUGUGGAGAACUAGCUGUGAUUGUGGUACCUUCCCUUCCAAGAGCUGCCUCCAUUGAAUGGCAUGUCAUUGCAGUGCUAGAUGAGCAUCAGCAAAGGCAAAAACUUGUGCUGAUGAGGUCGCUGGAGAGCUGCCAAAUUAAGUGUGAAGCUGUGCAGUCCCAUCCAACCUGUACUACAGCUGUUACCAUAUCCGUAACCGUAACCGCUCCAUCAACACCUACAAUCAAUUUAGACAGAAUCCUGCAUAACAUGGUGGAAAUGUUUAAACAAACUGUAGAAAAAAUGUCCGGAGAUGGCGAUGUAACUCCUUUGGGUUUUAGAACUUUCUACCGGAAAAAUACUGUUGAAAUGGAGACACUGAAAGCAGGACUCCAAGGACAUCUUGAAGAGCAAAUGGGCAAGAAAGCACCCGCUUUAAUUAUGGUGCCUGCAGUAGAUUUACCUGGCAAGAAAAUUAUUCAUGUAGCAUGUUGGCUCAGCCAGUAGCAUUCCAUUAAUAGCAAGAAGAUAUCAUACAGAUUUUUUGAAGGUAAUUAAAUAUAUGGCUGUGCAUUGCCUGAUAUUAACAAACAGAGCUAUACCUGGAACUUUGGCAAACAUUGCUGUUUUCCCAACUUUUCCCCAUGGGACCUUUGGAAUGUCAUCUGGAAUCAGACAGAAUUUGAAACUGAUGCACAUAGCUCAAGAAUCUCU